UGCGCGCAAGAGAGAGAGAGGAGCUCUCCAAACGCGCGCUCUCCAAACGCGGGCAACUUUACGCACAGCCUGGGCCGGGUUUUCCUGCCUCCCUUCCCCUCCCUCCUUUCUCUGGGGAGGGAGGGAAAGAGGGAAGGAGGGAAGAGGAAGGGAGGGAGGAUGGAUGCGGGUCCGCUGCUGUCCUUUUCCCCGCCUUGGUGCCCCUUGCUUCUCCGGCUCGCCUUGCCUCGCUGCUGCUGCUGCUUUGCGCCCGCCCGCCUUUGGAGAAGGAGAGGAGGAGGAGGAGAGGGGCGCAAAGGAGGAGGGGCUGCCGGCCCUCUUCUUCUUCUUCCUCCUCCUCCUCUUUCAGCCGCCCAGCCGGGUCUCCGGGGUCUCUUCCCCAGCCUCUCAGCCUUCUUCUUCUCCUUCCUGCCGCAUCCUCUCCAGGAUGGGCUACACGGAUCCCACCUCCAGCCGGGAUCUGCUGGGCAACCGAGCCUUGCUCUUCAUCUUCGUCUGCGCCUUCGCCGUGGUGACGCUGGUGCAGCAGAUCCUCUACGGGAGGAACUACUUGAGGAGUAGGCUGCAGUUUAGCUGGCAGAAUGGAGAGGAAGUGAUCAAUUGGACCAGCAGCCCCAAUUUUACGGAUGGCGGAGCUCUGAGGAAUGGCGGUGACACAGGCACCAGGUAUUUUGACUUUUAUGAAGGCCCUUUAGAGUUCAACUCCUCAAAAUGCCUGGAACUGAGAAAAGGCAUCACUGAUGUGAAGGUGCUCUCAAUAGCUACGUUGUUAAGGUGCUGUAAUGCCCCAGCCUUCCUAUUCACCACUCAGAAGAACACUCCCUUAGGAACAAAACUGAAAUAUGAGGUGGAUACAAGUGGAAUCUUCCACGUCAACCAAGAAACAUUCAAAAUGUUUCCACAGGAGAUGCCAUACUCUCGUUCCCAGUUUAAAAAAUGUGCUGUGGUUGGAAAUGGAGGGAUUCUGAAGAACAGCCGAUGUGGACGGGAGAUCGACAGUGCAGAUUUUGUGUUCCGGUGUAAUUUGCCUCCCAUCUCCGAGAAAUACAUUGCUGACGUUGGAGUAAAGACUGACAUUGUGACAGUUAAUCCCAGCAUAAUCACCGAAAGGUUCCACAAACUGGAGAAGUGGAGGAAGCCCUUUUAUAAUUUCCUGCAAACAUAUGAAAACGCCUCCGUGCUGCUUCCGGCCUUUUACAACACCCGCAACACGGAAGUCUCCAUCCGGGUCCGGUACGCCAUGGAUGACUUUGAAUCCCAGCAGGCCGUCUACUUUUUCCACCCGCAGUAUCUCAUCAACCUCUCGCGCUAUUGGCUGAAUCAAGGCGUGCGGGCCAAGCGCAUCAGCACCGGCCUGAUCCUUGUGACGGCGGCGUUGGAGCUGUGCGAAGAAGUGCACCUUUUUGGAUUCUGGGCUUUUCCCAUGAACCCCUCAGGGAUAUAUAUAACCCAUCAUUACUAUGACAAUGUCAAACCUCGCCCAGGAUUCCAUGCCAUGCCUUCAGAAAUCUUCAACUUUCUCCAUAUGCACAGCAAAGGGAUCCUGAGGGUCCACACGGAUGCCUGCAAUUGCUGUUGAUGAGAGCGGCUGUUUGAUAAGUCUUGUGCUACAUAAAGAAGGGAGAGGACAGAACAGGACCAUGGAGCCUUUGGAAUGAACCCAUGUGCUUAUUUUUGAGGCACAAACGAUCUCCACAAUGUGGUUUUUUGUCUCCUUCCGAUAUUUCAUCUUCCAAAUGUGCCCCCAUGGUAAAGUUUAAGUUACCAUGUUCUAGAGGGGAGAAAAAUAGUCAUGACUGUGUGAAAUAGUCCAGGGCAUUUAAUGCAGCAGAACUUUAAUAUAUUGAGAUUUAUGCAAUAGUGGUUGAA